UCAGGAUGAAGAUGGGGCUACUCCAAUUGCCGUCUUCUUUCUCGUAUCUUCUCUACAAUCCACACCAUCGCUCCUCCGCACGAUCACCAGCAUUUCCAUCUGGCAUUACUUGCUCGGCAGCGCGGGUGGAGCGAGCGGCGGCCUCGAGAAGGAGAAGAUUGGUAGAAAUUGGCGCAGUCUCGGACGAGAAAUUCCGGACGAUUGCCGCGGCGGCGGUGGCCCUCCCGAUUGGAAUGGCAGCGAUGGCGGUCUUUGGAGCGUUUCUACUCCAGCGCCAAAUCAGGAUGGAAGCAUUGCGGGAUGGAGAAGAAUUUAUUAAGCUGGUCGAGGGUGGAAUGGACGAAGAGACUGCCAAGAACACAAUUCUCAGUAGAAUCGAGAUCAUAGGACCGGACCUCAGGAGCGAGUUUAGACGCAAACGUCCGCAAAUUCAAGACAAGAUCGAGCAGGAGCAGCAGAAGGACGAGCAAGAGCAAGAACAGGAGCAACAAACCGAGGAGCUCGAGCUGGACACGAAGAUUCAAACGCCAGUGACGAUGAUGCGAGAAGAAAACUAAAAUCUGAAUGGACUGAUUGAUCCAUCUUAGUUGGCGGAUUGGAGGAUCCUCUCUGCGACCAGCAUGUCGUCUGGUGUAGUUACCUGUAAAACUAUCACAUUUACUGAAAGAACCACAAAGAGAAGAAAGGAGUGACUUACUUUCAA